UCAACUUUCCGCACUUGCAGCAGUUUCGGCUAUUUAAACACCAGAAUGCAUGUCGAUAUUUCAUAUACACAGCAUAAAUGGCGAGCAGAGCACUCCUAAUGUCGUGCCUGCGGGGGGAGGGUUUUUCGCGAGACCUAACUCCAAAGCCCCGUUACCCUUCGAUGCCGAGAUAUCCAAAGGAUGCGGAAGCCAAAAUUGACGUCGAAUCCCCGCCGGCUGAGAAUCGGAGAGCAGCAACGUUCUCUGUGUUUGGUAUGACGUGCUCGGCCUGUGCUGGGUCGGUGGAGAAAGCGAUCAAGCGAUUGUCGGGCAUUCUUAACGCAGCCGUCGAUGUCCUCAACAACCGCGCACAAGUUAUCUUUUACUCCAAUUUUGUCUCCGAGGAUCAAAUUCGUGAAGCAAUUGAAGACGCUGGAUUUGAAGCUAUAUUUAUUCAAGAGGACUCCAAAGAACCAUCAACCUUGACAUGCAGGCUGCAUAUUAAUGGUAUGACAUGUACUUCUUGCUCCAACACUGUGGAAUCAGCUUUGAAAUCUGUUAUUGGUGUGCGAAAAGCUAUAGUAGCCUUGGCAAUAGAAGAGGCAUCAAUUUGUUAUGACCCUAAGUUUGUGAGUGCUGAAGAAUUAAUGAAAAAAGUAGAUGAGACUGGUUUUGAAGCUAUACUUAUUACAUCUGGGAUAGAUAGGAACAAAAUACAACUUAAAAUUGAAGGAAUUCACACAGAAAGAUCCAUGAGAAUGGUUGAAAGCUCACUCCAGGCACUCCCUGGCAUAGAGAAAGUUGAUAUAGAUCCCAUUCUUUAUAAAGUUUCAGUGUCCUACAUGCCAGAUCAAACAGGCCCUCGUCACUUUAUCGAAGUGAUUCAGUCAACUGGAUCUGGUCGAUUCUUAGCAACAAUAUACCCUGAAGAAGGGGCAAGAGAAUCUCACAAACGUGAAGAGAUCAAACAAUACUACCAUUCUUUUCUAUGGAGCUUAUUGUUCACUAUCCCAGUGUUUCUUACUUCAAUGGUGUUUAUGUACAUUCCUGGAAUAAAUCAUGCUCUAGAUACUAAAGUAGUUAAUAUGCUAACUAUUGGAGAACUUUUAAGAUGGAUAUUUUCAACUCCUGUCCAGUUUAUAAUUGGUCGAAGAUUUUAUAUAGGUUCUUACAAAGCUUUAAGACAUGGGUCUGCUAACAUGGAUGUGUUGAUAGCAUUGGGAACUAACACAGCUUAUUUUUACUCACUCUACUCUGUGCUCAAAGCAGCAAGCUCACCAAAGUUUGAGUCAACAGAUUUCUUUGAAACUAGCUCUAUGCUCAUCUCUUUUAUUUUGCUUGGGAAGUAUCUUGAAAUUCUAGCAAAAGGAAAAACAUCAGAAGCUAUCGCUAAACUUAUAGAUUUGGCUCCUGAAACUGCAAUACUCUUGACCUACAAUGAAAGCGGAACUUUGUUGGGAGAAAAUGAAAUUGAUAGCCGGUUAAUUCAAAAGAAUGAUGUGAUCAAAGUAAUUCCUGGUGCAAAAGUUGCUUGUGAUGGUUUUGUCAUUUGGGGCCAAAGUCAUAUUAAUGAGAGCAUGAUAACUGGAGAAGCACAACCAGUUGCAAAAAGAAUGGGUGAUAGCGUGAUAGGCGGAACUGUAAAUGAAAACGGUGUGUUACACGUCAGGGCAACACAUAUAGGUUCUGAAAGUGCUCUAUCACAAAUUAUUCGUCUUGUUGAAUCAGCUCAAAUGGCCAAAGCUCCUGUCCAAAAGACUGCUGAUCGCAUCUCCAAAUAUUUUGUGCCACUUGUUAUUAGUCUUUCACUCAUAACUUGGCUUACUUGGUUUAUAGCGGGUAAAUAUGGUGGCUAUCCAAAAACAUGGAUUCCAUCAUCAAUGGAUAGCUUUCAACUUGCCCUUCAGUUUGGUAUAUCAGUGAUGGUCAUUGCAUGUCCGUGUGCACUCGGCUUGGCAACUCCUACUGCUGUUAUGGUGGGAACUGGAGUUGGUGCUUCUCAGGGUGUGUUAAUUAAAGGGGGUAAAGCCCUAGAGAGUGCUCAUAAGGUGAAUUGCAUUGUCUUUGACAAGACAGGAACACUUACAAUAGGGAAGCCUACCGUUGUUAACACAAGACUUUUGAAGAAUAUUGUAUUGCAUGACUUCUAUGAAUGUGUUGCAGCUGCGGAGGUGAACAGUGAACAUCCGUUGGCUAAGGCCAUCGUGGAGCAUGCAAAGAAGUUCAAGGAAGAAGAAAACUAUACUUGGCCUGAAGCACGAGACUUUGUUUCAAUCACAGGUCAUGGUGUCAAAGCCACUAUAGGAAAUAAAGAGCUUGUAGUUGGGAACAAGAGUUUGAUGAUAGACUCUGGCAUUCAAAUCCCACAACAAGCUUUAGAGCUCCUUGCAGAAGCAGAGGAAAUUGCUCAAACAGGAAUUCUUGUUUCCAUCAACCAUGAAAUUCUUGGUGUGAUUGCAAUAUCUGAUCCUCUAAAACCUGCUGCACAAGAUGUAAUAUCCAUUCUCAAGUCUAUGAAUGUGAGAAGCAUUAUGGUAACUGGGGACAAUUGGGGCACAGCAAAAGCCAUUGCCAGAGAGGUUGGGAUAGAGACCAUCAUAGCUGAAGCAAAGCCCGAAGAAAAAGCAGAAAAAGUAAAGGAACUACAGAUGACCGGUUUAACUGUGGCCAUGGUUGGUGAUGGAAUUAAUGACUCACCAGCAUUAAUUUCAGCUGAUGUUGGAAUGGCCAUAGGUGCGGGAACUGAUAUCGCCAUUGAAGCUGCAGAUAUUGUUCUCAUGAAGAGCAACUUAGAGGACGUUAUAACUGCUAUUGAUCUCUCAAAAAAGACCUUCUCUCGAAUCCGAGUGAAUUAUAUAUGGGCACUUGGCUACAACAUCAUUGGCAUUCCCAUUGCUGCUGGAGCACUUUUUCCAUCAACAAAGUUUCGCCUCCCUCCAUGGAUUGCAGGUGCCUGCAUGGCAGGCUCAUCUGUUAGUGUAGUCUUAUGUUCUCUCUUACUGAAGAACUAUAAAAGACCCAAAAAGUUGUAUUCCCUCCCUAUAAGAGGUAUUAUGGUUGAGUGAAAAUGCUUUCAUGUAAAUAAGAUUUGUA